AUGGGUCUUCAUAAAAUAUUCGUUCACGUUCUGAUUCUCUUACAGAUUUCGGGAAACUUUCAAUUUUAUGGAUGUAAUGGGGAGGUUCAAUAUCCUUUGCAGUGUUCUAGAGACGUGAAUUGCAUGGUGAAUAGUGUCUGUGAGAAAAAUCAGUGUAAAUGUAGAGGGGGGUAUGUCUUCAGUGGAAAUAUGACAACGUGUUUAAAAGUUGCAAAUAGCUACGGUGAGGCCUGCGAUGAGAACCACCAGUGUGCGUCUUAUCUCUCUGUCGGUGGCGCCUGCAGCAGUGGAAAAUGCGUUUGUUCCCCAGGGUAUCAUUAUCUGCACGGAUACUGUUAUAAAACAACCGACCUCGGUGAGACGUGUUUAUCCCCCGAUAACUGUUACGUGAAUCACCAACCGGAGGCAGCGAUCUGUGAAAAUAAAAAGUGUCGGUGCAGUGAUAACUUCUACCAGCGCGAGUACCGCAGCUGCAGACGCGCAGCGCAAAAGAUCGGCGACGAAUGCCUCAUUGAUCUCGACUGCCGAUUCAACCCCAGAGCAACCUGUGGUAAAUCAAAGCGCUGUCAACUAGAAACCUCUGGAAUAUUAUUGCAUGGAGAAAGGGAGGGCAAUUCGCGGAAAACAUUAAAAGGGAAUAUUGCAGUGAUUGGAAAACCGUGUAAUGCGUCGGCUGAUUGCAACCCUAUGGGUGCCGCCAUUUGUAGUGCAUUAGGGGUGUGUGUUUGCGAUCGGGCACAUUUCCCCUCUGAAAAUGGAGAUAAAUGCAUUGCAGAAUUAGGUGCAACAUGUGAAAACGACGCAGUUCCAGAAAUAAGAAAUGCGGAAUGUCGUGAGGAUGUGACGCUGUGGAGCUGUAAAUCAGGACAGGUCGCCACAAUCGACAACCGCGAGUGCAAGAAAGCGACGACAAGAUUCAAUUCGUCUUGUCUAUUGAACGAACAAUGCUUCGUCUUCGGACCCGAUGCCAUUUGCAGGGACAGAAAAUGCAUCUGCAAUGAUGAUUCACAUUACGUGGAGGACCAGAUGAUCUGCUGGACGAGCAAGGGGCUCGGGGAGAGGUGCAGGCAAGACGAGGACUGUCAUGUCAAUGGGUUGGAUGUUGACAUCCGGUGUAAUGAUGAAUUCGUUUGUUCUUGUCCUAAUGGGACUCAUGUCAACGGGGAUCAGACAGUUUGCAUUGCUGAUCAUAAUGAAAUUGGAGGAUUUUGCAUCGAAAACGGAGACUGUAGCGUUAAAAACUCAAUUUGCUCCAAUAAAUCAUGCACUUGCGCUGACAAUCACUUCGAAUCGAGCGGAGAGUGUGUUCGGGGAAACUUCGCAAGUUGCGAGGUGGAUCAAGAGUGCAAGGUCUAUAAUUCCGUUUGUAGGAAUGGUACUUGCACCUGUCAUAAUUAUCAUGUCGCCUUGACAGUGGAUCUUUGCGUGCCAGUAUCUGAUCUCGAUGAUGAGUGCAAUCAUGACAUUCAAUGUUCUGCGAGGAAUCCCAACAGUGUCUGCAAGUCAAUAGCAUUAGAAACUGGAGAAAAAGGUGCAGUUUCUGGAACUAAAGACGGAAAGGGUCGAUGUGCUUGCGCAGAUGGAUAUCAUUACAACUACGACGGCUGUUUUAAGAAGCGAGUUCUGAAGGAAACCUGCCAAACCCUCGCUGAAUGCUACAUAGAGUCACAUACAGACUCCGUCCUCUGCAAGAACGGAAUAUGCAGUUGUAAUUUCGGAUGGAGAGCGGUGAAUAAUUCACACUGCGAGAGUGGAGCGACUGCCUUGAUAUCCAACUACACGUGGGUGCUAUUACUUGCUCUGAGUAUACUCGGUACAUAACUCGGCGUAAUAAUUCAGUGUAAAGCGGAGGGAGGCUUGGGGGUGAUAUUUAUUGAUGGCAAAUUGAACGAAGACCUAUGAAACUCUCCUUUUUCUUUUCCUUUUCGCUCACCUUCCUCUUCCUCACCGCCGGAGUUAAUUCAGGACUUCACCUUUUACCGAUAAAUCAGAGGUAGACUCGCUGCAACCCGUGCCCUAUUUGCUGUUGAGUUAGUAUCGUCGGAAAGUCGAGGAAUAAAUGAACAAUUUUAUUAAUGUUAUUUUAGGAGGAUCGGAAAUAUGGAGGAAAUUUAAGUAAAAUAAUUCAACAAAUUUUA